AUGGCCCAGCGCCUGGGGCUCCUGCUGGUGCUGCUGAGUGUCUGCCCGCCUCACCCCCUGGACAGUGUUCCCUAUGAAGAUGGCGAAUGUGUCUUUCCAUUUUGGUAUAAAAAUAAACUAUUCUACGACUGCAUCAAGUACGGUAUGAGGCACAAGUGGUGCUCCCUGAACAAGACCUUCGAGGGCCACUGGAAGUACUGCUCCGAGACAGACUUCGCGCCCUGCGUGUUUCCCUUCUGGUACGAGCGUUUGAUCUACUGGGAGUGCACCGAUGAUGGCGAUGACUUUGGGAGAAAAUGGUGUUCGCUGACCAAGAAUUACAACAAGGACCAGGCCUGGAAAUACUGCUGACCCUGGUGAGAUUCACCGGAAGAGGAGGCUGGAGCUCAAUCUUUCUCAUUGGAAAUAACUUACAGAUUGACUGGGAGAGGGGGAUGUGGGAUCCUCUUUAAA